AUGGAGCCCCCUUCAAAGAAAAUGCGGAAGCUCCUUGAUGAUGAUAGUGACUCUGGGGAUGAUGCUGGUGGUGUGCCCAUUAGCAAGUCACCAGAGGCUGGCUUCAAGAUCAACGAAGACUACGCCAAACGGUUCGAGUACAAUAAGAAGCGUGAGGAAGUUGCAAAGUUGGAAGAGAAGUUCGGCAAGAAUGGAUUAAGCAAUCGCCGCGGCUACUACGAAGAACCGGAGGACGAUGACUCCUCCACAGAUGAAGACGAGGAUGACAUUGGAGAGCUCGCGACUGAGGCGCUCGAUGCAGAGAUCAUGGACACUUUGAACGCUAUCCGAAACAAGGACCCCCGCGUCUACGAUAGCAACGUUACGUUCUACUCAAAGUUUGACGAAGACGAGGCCAACGCGACACCCAAGGAGAAGAAGGAAAAGCCCAUGACAUUGCACGACUACCAUCGCAAAAACCUGCUGAGUGGGGGUUCCGCCGGAGAAGACGAUGCUCCCAAGACCUUUGCCCAAGAACAAGCAGAGCUCAAGGAUGCAAUUGUUAAGGAGAUGCAUGCUUCAGAUGAUGAGAUGGAUGAUGCUGAUGACUUCCUGGUCCGCAAGUCUGUCCCGGAGCCAGCUGAGAAGGCUGAAAAGUCAGAGAUCAAGCUGGACAUUGAAGGUGCCGACAAGGACCCAGAGACUUUCCUCUCCAAUUUCCUGUCCGCCCGAGCAUGGGUCCCCGAAGGUCGACAGGAACUCCACCCCUUCGAUUCCGAUGAUGAUGAUGAUGUCGACCGGGCCGAUGUCCUUGAAGAGGCAUACAACUUCCGUUUUGAGGAUCCCAGCAAGCUCAAUGAGGCGCUGGUCACUCACGCUCGUGAUGCAACCAACAAACAAUCGGCCCGAAGAGAAGAGAAGAGCUCUCGCAAGAAGAUCAGAGAGGCUGAACGCCAGCGCAAGGAGGAGGAAGCAAAGCAGCGUGAGGCUGAUAAGAACCGGUUGCGUAAGCUCAAGACCGAGGAGAUGCAGAAGAAAAUCCAGCAAAUCAAGGAAGUGGCUGGAUUCAGAGCAUCAGAACUCACCGAUGAUGACUGGAUGCGCUUCCUCGAUGGUGCCUGGGACGACAAGGAGUGGGAAAAGGAGAUGGAGCAACGAUUCGGUACAGACUACUAUGCUGAAGGUGCUUCCAGCGACAAGAAGCAUCCCAAGAAGCCUGAGUGGGACGAUGAUCUCGAUAUCACUGAUCUGAUUCCGGACUACAAGGAUGACGAAGAUCAACCCACCUUGGAACUGGAUGAGGAUAAUGAUGAUGACGGCGAGGAUGAGGCUCCUGUCUCCAAGAAGAGCAAAACGCAAGACAAGCGCGAUCAGAAACGGGAAGCCCGUAAGGAACGUAUGCGCAUCGACGAGGCGGUCAACCGCAAUCUGGACUUGGACAUCACCAUGCUUCCUGGAGCGACCAAGAAGAAUGCGACCAAGUUCCGUUACCGUGAGACUUCGCCCCAGAGCUUUGGUUUGACGGCGCGGGAUAUCCUCAUGGCCGACGAUACCCAGCUCAAUCAAUUCGCUGGUCUGAAGAAGCUAGCCUCCUUCCGUGAUGAGGAGAAGAAAGCAAAGGAUCAAAGAAAGCUCGGCAAGAAGGCGCGCCUUCGCCAGUGGCGCAAGGACACUUUCGGAGAUGAGGAAGGUCCCGUUUUCGACCUUGGGCCGAGGGUUAAGGAGACCAUGAAUGACGAGGCAGGUGAUGACAUGAAGGUCGACAUUCGUGAGAGUGAUGGUCGCAAGAAGCGCAAGCGGUCCAAGAAACACUAA